AUGGCGUCCAAUUUUAGUGGAGCCCUUCGCCUCACCGAUUUAGACGACUUUAUCACCCCAUCUCAGGAAUGCAUCAAACCUGUCCAGGUGGAACGUCUUCCAGGUCGAUCGGGUCCCAUCAAAGUUCAGUCCGAUGGCAGCUAUGUACAAUUGGAUGGUGAAGCAACACAGCUCAAGAAAGCCCAGAUAACGUUGAAUGAUUGUCUUGCAUGCAGCGGUUGCAUCACAUCGGCGGAGAGCGUUCUCAUUACACAGCAGAGCCAGGAAGAAUACUCAGGGUUCUAGAACCAACAACAAACUUCCAGAGAGAAGAAGCUAGUGGUGGUCUCAGUGUCGCCUCAAUCCAGGGCAUCGCUGGCUGCUCGGUAUCAUCUCUCAAUACAGGAGACAGCAAGGAGACUGACUGGGUUCCUCAAGGAAUUAGGUGUGCAUCAUGUGUUUGAUGAGACAUUUGCCAGGGACUUCAGUCUUCUUCAAAGCCAGAAGGAGUUUGUUGAUAGAUUCAGAAGACGAGAAGAGAAAGGGACUGUACCGAUGCUGGCUUCUGCCUGCCCAGGUUGGGUGUGUUACGCCGAGAAGACACAUGGGUCUUACAUCCUGCCUUACAUCAGCACCACCAAGUCCCCUCAGCAAGUCAUGGGCUCGCUGGUCAAGGAUUAUUACUCCAAGCAGAGUGGUAUCCGACCACACCACGUCUACCAUGCUACCAUCAUGCCUUGCUUCGACAAGAAGUUGGAGGCGUCACGAGAAGAUUUUUACAACGAUGUCUACAGCACGCGAGAUGUAGAUUGCGUUAUUACAUCAGGAGAAGUUGAAGUGAUGCUUGACAAAGAGGGACUUUCGCUAGCUGAUAUGCAACCCCAGGAUCUAGAUCCCAUGUUCCCUGUAUCCAGGGAUGGACAGUUAGUGAAUCACAUCGGAGGUGGGUCUGGUGGAUACCUGGAACACAUAUUCAGAUACGCUGCCCGGGAGUUAUAUGGAGUCAGUGUAGAACACAUUGAGUACAGGACUCUGAAGAACAAAGACUUCAGAGAGGCCACAUUGGAAGUGGAUGGCGAAAUCAAACUCAAGUUUGCCCUUGCCUACGGCUUUAGGAAUAUCCAGAACCUGGUGCAGAAGGUCAAGCGAGGGCGGUCUCCGUAUCACUUUGUGGAGGUCAUGGCUUGCCCAUCUGGCUGUGUGAAUGGUGGGGGUCAGAUCCGCCCACAAGACGGGGAGCAACCCAAGGAACUCUUGCCCCGCGUGGAGGCACUCUACAACUCCCUCAACACCAGGAGACCGGAGGACAACCCGCUACUGGACCAGCUGGUCUCUGAUUGGCUGGGAGGGGCAGACACUGAGAAAGCCCACGCUAUGUUGGAGACAGCGUACCACGCAGUGGAGAAGAUGAACAAUGCAUUGACUAUCAAAUGGUGA